GUUUGGGGGGUGAUGCCUCCAUCAAGCCUCAUUUGGCGCCUUGCCACCACCAGCUCUUCCCAGCGCAUCUUUGCGCGCCUCGAUCAGUGCCAUGGGUGCUGGUGGGCUGUGGGAGGUGGUGGGUGGCCUUGAGAAAGGCGGCGUCCUGGUGCGCACGGAAGGCCUGGCGGACUCCACGGUGGGUCGGCUGUCCACAGGCGCGCUGCUGGAAGAGUUGGCCCGCGAGGGCGCGCGGCUCCGGUUCCGACGCCUCUACGGGCAGGGCCCCGCAGAGGGCUGGCUGCCGCUGAAGGACCAGACCCUCGAGCGGCCGAGCCGCGUGUGGCAGGUGCUGGGCGGCCGCAGCAAGGGCGGCAUCCUGGUGCGCCACAGCUCCGAGACCUCCUCCCCGGCAGCCAAAGAACGACUCUGCACUGGCUCUUUGGUGCGGGAGCUGGAACGCAAGGAGCAGCGGCUCCGGUUCCAGCGGCUGACUGGCUCCGGCCCGGAGAGCGGAUGGGUGAGCAUUAGUCUGCAAGACGGGCAGGCGCUGCUGCAGCUGCUGGACUGUGAAACCGCCGAGCAGGCUGAGGCGAGAUCUGUCUACAAUGGUGUUGACCUGGAGAUCCGCUUGCGCAACGAGGAGAAGAGCUUCUCCUACGAGGACCUGGGGCUAUGGGUGCCCUUGGCCGCGGCAGUGGCCAAGCUCUGGCGGGAGAAGAAGCCCUUUCUGCCCACCAGGAUGGCGCGGCCAUUGCGCUUGGAUCUCUCCGAGCCGCUGGCGCCGUACAAGAUUCUGAACCCCAAGCAGCUGGAGGAGAUGUCCAGGAAGCGCCUGCCAGGCUGCCUUUUUGGGCUGCCCUUCCCUCAGAGCUCCAAAGAGAUGGCCUCGGAGGAGUUUGGGGCGCCGUGGCUCACGCAGGCCUUCCACAAGGCCGGCACCUUGCCAAAAGACAACCGCGUGGUGAAGAUCCACGAGGUGGAGGAGCUGGCGGUGCAAGGCUUCGACGCGGCUGGGGGCGCUGCCAUGAAGAUGCUCCUCACGGUGGAGUACGAGAAGGCCGACCGCGAGCUCCACACCGAGCUCUUCGUUAAGUAUCCGUACUCCUACGACGAGUAUCCGGUGGAGCGGCGCCAGAUGUCCGUCUAUGGGGACACCGACGGCCCGGAGAUCACUGUGCAGAUGUCCCUGGCUCACCUCUUCCCUUUCCGCACCGCGAAGUUCUACUUCGGGGACGUGUGCCGGGACUCCACCAACUACAUCCUCAUCUCAGAGAAGAUCCCCUUCUCGCGACGAGGUCGUGUGGAAAACGGCAAGAUCGUGGAGAAGAUCGAGUACCAGCCCUACCAGGUGUUGCCGGUGUGUGGCAAGUACCAGGACUGGCUCUUGCCGGAUCCGGCCGAGUACUACUGCUGUCUCUUCCGCUGCAUGGGCCGGUUGGCUGCCUGGGACAAGCAAGGCCGCUACGACGAGUUCUUCGGGCCGUUGGACCCGGGGCACUACCUGCGCCUGGCGGCCGAGCGGCGGACCUUGAAGGUGGCGCAAGUGGAGAGCCAAAGGGCGUCCGUGGGACGUAUCCUGGACGGCGCCAUCGAUCUUAUGACCAAUGUAAUCCCCAGCAUGGUUCCCGGCUUUCUACUCCAAGGUGGAAAGUUGGCGAGGAUCAAGGAGGAGCUUCUGGAGAUGUUCCCCCACUUCCAAGGCAUGUCGGGCCAGUUCCAGGUGAACAGCCCUGACUACAUCGCAGCCAUGCACGCCAACUUGCAGGCGGACAACGCCUUUUUUUGGCGCGACGAGUACGGGGACCUCGACUGCGGUGUGCUGGACUGGGGCGGCUUCAACCGCACGCCCUUCUGCGUGAACUUCCUGGGCUGCCUCUCCGGCGCAGACCCGGAGGUGAUGCUGGCGCACGAAGAAGGCAUCAUCCGCGCCUUUCGGGACGAGUUUCAUCGCUGUGGAGGUCCAUACCUCAACGUUGAGGACUUGCUCCUGAGAUACCAUUUGGGCUACAUCACCUUUGUCUACGAGUCGACAACGUGGAUAGAGCGUGAGAUUUACAAGCAGGUGUCCAAGGAAGAGAUGCGCACCUGGCACGGUAUUCUGGACGAGCGCUUCCAGGAGCGCUUCCGCGUGAGGUGCCGCUCUUGCACCAUCAUCAACGCCUUUGCCUUCUACGCGCUCAAAGGCGACCACUUCAAGAAGCUCUUCCUGGAUUGGUCAAAGGGAAAGGGCGCGCCGUAUCUGACCAAGCUGGAGUGACGCGAGAUCCAUCAAGAGCACGCGAAUCGGGCCGGAGAACAAAUCCAACCUAGAAG